UCCGAUGGCGGAAGGGGUGGAGCACAGCGCACGUGCAGGCAGGCGUGUUCUCGCCCAGACUCCCUCCCAGGCUCUCCGCUCUUUCCUCGCGGUAAAGACAGAACUGGCUCCAGAUCAUCAAGCUGGGAGGUUUCUUGUUUGAGUCACUUCUCUGCAGAGUUUUACGAAGAACGUAAACAGUGUGUGAGGAAAAAACAUGUCCCUGAGCUGAGCGGGCACACUCCUAACAGCAGCCGGCGGUUUGCAGCCCAGGCAGCCGGGGGAUCCCCAAGGCCGUGAGGAACAAGAACCAGAAUGGAGCCCCAGGGUUAGUGCCCGCGGGAGGUGCGCAUGCUGGGCUCAGGAGGGGGCGGGGUGCAGAGGCCUGCCGUCCUGCCCACAUGGGCGCCCCGGAAGAGGGCAGGGGUCCCCAGAGUUGUGCAGCGCCACUACUGGACUGGAGAGGGUGCUUGCUGAGUCCCUGCGAGGAGCCCCGCUAGGCCGCAACGAUGACUGGUGUUUGGGACACCUCGGAGGCCAUCCCACAGGGCAAAGAGAAGCCCUAACCAAUCCUCGUACCCCAGGGCCGUGGCUGGCGAUGUGACUCGUCCCCGUGGUCAGGACGGUGCAGACCCCAGGCGGGGGCGAUUCCCGGGGAGGGUCUCACUCUGGGUCCAGCUCCACGCGGCACCAUGAACAAUAACUUCUGCCGGACCCUGGUGGACCGGCGGUCCCUGGCGCCCCCCAGCUGCAUGCAGUUGGGCGUCGUGCCCCCUCCGCGCCGGGCGCCCCUGCCCCCCGCCGAGCCCCUGGGCAACGUGCCCUUGCUGCUGUACCCAGGCCCGGCCGAGCCGCAGUAUUACGACGCCUACGCGGGCGUGUUCCCCUACGUGCCCUUCCCCGGUGCUUUCGGGGUGUACGAUUACCCCUUCGAGCCCGCCUUCAUCCAGAAGCGCAACGAGCGCGAGCGGCAGCGGGUCAAGUGCGUCAACGAGGGCUACGCGCGCCUCCGCGGCCACCUUCCGGGCGCCCUGGCGGAGAAGCGGCUCAGCAAGGUGGAGACCCUGCGCGCCGCCAUCCGCUACAUCAAGUACCUGCAGGAGCUGCUGAGCUCGGCCCCCGACGGCGCGCAGCCCGCGGGCUCCCCGUCCGACUGCCCGGGCGACGGCGAGGCCCGGGGGCCCGCCUCCCUGGUGCCCGAGUCGUCCGAGUCUUCCUGCUUCUCCUCCUCGCCUUUCUUUGAGUCGGAGGAAUCCAGCCACUGAUCCGGGAUAGAGGGGGCACCACAGAGACCGGAGGAGCCCCGUCGGAGCAGUGAGGGCGCCGGGCCCAGGGAAGUUGCGGGUGCGCGCCGCGCCCGCUCCAGGCCUCAGGAGGGCAGCCCGGGACGGCCGUCCCUGGAUGGGUCUCCGUCUCUGCUUCAGCCCGCGGCGGGGUGGUGCACAACCCGCCGUGGUGGCCCUGCCCCGUCCUCUGUCGCCACAGGCGCAACCCCGUGUCUACGACUCCCUAGGAGGCCAGCCGGUCUUUGGUUUGGAUGAGCCGUGCCCUUGCCGUCCACGAGAUGGCCUCAAACACUAGCGUCCACUUUGGGAGCUGGCUUGCCACCCCCGCCUCCCACCCCACCCCGAGAGGAACCCAGAGGCCGCGGCGGAGGCAAGACUACUGCUUGCCCUCGGCCGAGAUCGAGAUCAGACUUGGGAAGAAGCCCAGAGGGGGCCUUGGUGGCGCCCUCUGGCUUCCCUGAUGGAGGGCUAGGAUCCACCCCUAGCCCUAACCUCCUGGUGUAGCCUUUUCAUACUUCCCACCGCGCCCCC